GGAGUGUGGAAGAGGGUAAAGGAAGGCGAAAGAGACGGGUAGAAUAGGAUACAAUCGGUGAUAGGCGGGUAGCAAGCGGGCUACUCCUGUUUUAGUUAUAUAUACGCUUCUACAUGGGUAUUUGAUUAGGCAAGAGGUCCUUCCGUUUCGAGUUGCACCUUCCGCUGAGAUUGUCUUACACAAAAAUGAAUCGGAUUGCUUUAAUAGCGGUGGUUUCGCUUCUUGUACUUUGUGAUAUUCAUGUCGUGGUCGGGCAGAGAGGUCACAGAGGAAACCGGACGAGAGGCUCGAUCUGUGGAAGUGGGUUCACAUCAUCAUUGAUUAAAGACGCGUGCACAGACAUCGACGAGUGCGAUGAAGGUGAGGACGACUGCGACAAAAAAACUAGCCGAUGUGUGAAUACAGCCGGCAGUUAUGAAUGCAAGUGUUUGCGCGGUUACGGUGAUUACGAAAACAAUGGAACGCAUUGCGAAGAUAUUGAUGAGUGUGCAGAAGAGACGGAUAACUGUGACAAUAAUGCUCGCUGCAUCAACACGGUUGGAAGCUUUGCUUGCCGGUGCAUUACCCCGUUCUUUGUUGGUGAUGGAAUUCAGUGCUCCGAUGUGGAUGAAUGCACUGAACUAGACUCAAAUCCUUGUGGAACAGAUAGGAUUUGUAUCAAUAUAGAUGUUGCACCUGGAUACAUUUGUGCAUCUGACACAGACGAAUGUGAGAAAGACAAUGGAAGAUGCCCAGACGAUUCUAUGUGUGAGAACUACAUUGGCGGCUUUCGUUGCCUUUGUGACAAGCCAGGUUACCACACAGAUGGCUUCAAUGAAACCUGCACAGAUAUUGAUGAAUGCAAAAUGAACGUGACACUAUGCGAUCCUAAUGCCUUUUGCUUCAACACCGAUGGCAGCUUCUUUUGUGAAUGUGCGGCAGAGUUCUGGAGAGGCAAUGGGAUUGUUUGUUCUGAUGUCAAUGAAUGUUUGGAGGGAAAUCCUUGUGGACAGAAUCAGGAAUGUGUCAAUAUUGUGGGUCCUCCUGGUUACAAGUGUAACGUCAUUGAUGAAGAUGAUUGCAGAUUGAAUGAGGAUAUUUGCAAUGAAAAUGCAGUGUGUUCUCAGAUUCAGGAAAGGAAUAUAGACACCUAUAGAUGCAGUUGUCUUCCAGGUUAUACUGGAGAUGGAAUCAAUUGUCGUGAUGUUAAUGAAUGCAAGAAUGAACACGUUUGUGAUGUCGAGACCUCUACCUGUGAGAACACGGAUGGCAGCUUCUUGUGCGCGUGUAAUGUUGGAUACAAAUCCGAUCCUAACGAUGACACACAAUGUAGAGAUUCGAAUGAGUGUGCAGUGGGUAUGUCGUACUGUCAACCUGAGGCCGAGUGCGAGAAUUUGGUGGGAAGCUUUGAAUGCCACUGUAACAAGAAAGGCUUCGAGGGUGAUGGGGAGUACAUGUGUAGUGACAUGGAUGAGUGUUCAACUGGCCUUGCAAGCUGUGACAUGUAUUCUACAAUCUGUCGGAACUCUGAUGGGAGUUACAGCUGCGACUGCCAACCAGGAUUUAACCGAGUUGAUCCAUCCACUUGUAAAGAUAUUGAUGAGUGUAAUGUUGGAUUGGACAACUGUGACCCACAGAAAGGUCACUGCCUGAACAUCAUGGGUAGCUUCCUAUGCACGUGCAUUAGGCCAUACUGGACUGGAGACGGUGUUCACUGCUCUGACGUGGACGAGUGUGAGCUAGGCGAGCACGUGUGUGACCCGGAUACGACUACUUGUGAAAACAUGGACGGCAGCUUCAAGUGUGCCUGUAACGAGGGUCACCGACGCCUCAACCGCACUCACUGUCCAGAUGUAAAUGAGUGUGAUAUGGCUGCACGCCAGAGAUGUGACAGUCACAGUACACGCUGUGUGAACAGCGAAGGCUCCUUUACUUGUGAGUGUAUCGAAGGCAUGGAGCGAUUAGACAUCUCCACAUGCAGUGACUUUGAUGAAUGUGAACUGAAGUUGGAUAAUUGCAACAAAGAUGCAGAAUGCACUAACAUAGAGGGAAGUUUCCUUUGUGGUUGUUCGGCUGGUUUUGCUGGAGACGGAAUUGUUCUCUGUGAUGAUACGAAUGAGUGCGAACUUGACGGAGAACACUGCGACCUAAGGACUAGUGAAUGUAAGAACGAGGUUGGAAGCUACAGGUGCCCGUGCCUGGGCGGAUUCACAAGAGUUGAUGAAAAGGCUUGCAGAGAUUUUAACGAGUGCAGUGCAAAUGUGGAUCUGUGUGACGCUAUCUCAACAAGCUGCUCUAAUACACAGGGUUCAUACGAUUGCCCUUGCCUGCCAGGAUUUGAUCGAGUGAAUAGAACCCAUUGUAAAGAUUACAAUGAGUGCGAGGAGAACAAGCAUAACUGCCAUAAAGAAGCUAAGUGUCGAAACGAAGAGGGUAGUUUCACCUGCGACUGUGAGAAAGCAGGAUAUGUUGGUAACGGCGUGGAGGCUUGCAGCGACGUCAAUGAGUGCACCCUGGGUCUGGACAAGUGUGACGAUGAUACGACCUUGUGCCGUAACGUGGAUGGUAGCUACGACUGUCGCUGCCGUAAAGGGCAUAGUAAGGUGAACGACACAUACUGCAAAGAUAAUAAUGAAUGUAAGGAGAACACGGACGACUGCAACGAAUCAUCAACGCGAUGCGUUAACACGGUGGGAGCGUACAGGUGUGAAUGUUUACGUGGCUUCAGUAAUGACACGGCCACCGCAUGUGCAGACAUCAAUGAGUGCGUGCAAGGUUCCAACAAGUGCCACCCAGAUGGCGAGUGCACAAACACGUUUGGUAGUUACAAGUGCUCCUGCAAUCAUCUAGGCUAUAGGGGCGAUGGAAUGGCUACCUGUGAUGAUGUGGACGAGUGUAAGGAGAAAACUGAUGAUUGUGAUGAAGAGACAACAGUGUGUGCCAACCGCGAUGGUAGCUUCGCCUGUCUGUGUAAGGCUGGACUUGGAAGACAGAAUGACAGAUCUUGCAUGGAUGUAGAUGAGUGUGCUGACCUUCUAGACUUCUGUCAUGAGUUUGCGACCUGUGAGAACACCUUUGGUGCCUACAGAUGUCUCUGUGAACAGCAGGGCUAUACAGGGGAUGGCAUAGAAGAAUGUAGUGAUAUAAAUGAGUGCUCUGCUGAUACACAUGAUUGCCACCUAGCAAGUGCAGAGUGUGAGAACUUUGAUGGCAGCUUCGGUUGCAUCUGCAAACUUGGAUUCAAGGUUUACAAUGAUACAACUUGUGAAGAUUUCAAUGAGUGUGAGGAGGAAGAUGAUCAUGAUUGUGAGACAACUACAUCUCGUUGUGUUAACACAGAGGGCAGUUAUGUUUGCAGGUGUCUGUCUGGAUACAAACGUGUGGACAGUAGAAGUUGUCUUGAUAUUGAUGAAUGUGAGAUAGGUACAGACAUGUGCGAUUCCACUAGUACUAGGUGCAGGAACACUGAUGGCUCAUACGACUGCAGAUGCAAGAGUGGAUUCAGCAAUGGGAACAGAACGCACUGCAUAAAUGAGGACGAGUGUGCGGACGGAACUCAUACUUGCCAUGAGGUUGCCGAGUGUCGCAACACAGUGGGCAGCUACAGUUGCGAGUGCGAUCGCCCUGGCUACGGUGGAGACGGCGUGGCAGACUGCAGUGACAUCAACGAGUGCAUCGCAGAAACACAUCUCUGUGAUCUCGAAUCGACUAACUGCGAGAACAGAGAUGGAAGUUACGUGUGCUCAUGCUUGGACGGCCAUGAUCGUCUAGACAAUAGAGCAUGCCUUGACCGUAACGAAUGCGCCGUGAAAAAUGGUGGCUGCCACAGAGAUGCCGCAUGUGUAAACAUUCGUGGUGGUUUCUUUUGUGAAUGCGAUAAGCGAGGCUAUGUAGGGGAUGGAAAAGCUACAUGCAGCGAUAUUGAUGAGUGUGAACUUGAGCUGGACAGGUGUGAUGAUGAUACGACUGUGUGUCAGAACAGAGAUGGCAGCUACCGAUGCUCCUGCACCUGGGGUCACACCCGCAUAAACAGCCGGCUGUGCAAAGACCAGGAUGAAUGUGCGUUGGGAAGAGACGAUUGCAUGGAUGUUGCUGAAUGUGUGAACACUGUUGGAAGCUUUAUGUGCCGGUGCAAUGUAGAGGGAUAUGGUGGUAAUGGAGUGGACACAUGCAGUGACAUUGACGAGUGUGAUUCAGGACUCAACAGUUGCCACGAAAAUGCUCUCUGCGUCAACAGCGAUGGCAGUUAUGCCUGUAAUUGUGAUAAAGCGGGCUACAGUGGAAACGGAAUCGACGAUUGCACUGAUCUGAACGAGUGUGAAGAGGGGGUAGCCGCAUGUAAUGGAGAGAGCACUGUGUGUGAAAACACGGAUGGAAGUUACAGCUGCGAGUGCAUUGAGGGCCAUCAGAAAUUGAAUGCCAACACUUGUGAGGAUAUAGACGAGUGUGCCAGCAGCGACUUGAACCGUUGCCAUGCCAACGGUCGCUGCGAGAACACAGUCGGCAGCUACAAAUGCUCCUGCAACAGAAAAGGUUAUCGAGGAAACAGCAUUGACACGUGUGACGACAUUGACGAAUGUGAGGAGGGCAGGGAUAAGUGUGACACCGAGACAAGCAACUGUGAGAACACGGAGGGCAGCUUCCGCUGUGCGUGCCUGGAUGGCUUCACACAACACAACGAUACCAGCUGUGAUGAUAUUGACGAGUGUAGGGGAGACAAUGGAGACUGUCAUCGCAAUGCGUUCUGUUUCAACACGUUUGGCAGCUACAUCUGCCAGUGUGUCACUCCAUUCUACCGGGGCAAUGGAAAAACUUGUGACGACGUGGACGAGUGUGCAGAAGGGGAACAUGACUGCGACGGCAGAACAGCAACAUGUGGGAACUCGCCUGGCGGGUACGAAUGCGGCUGUCUCCCUGGAUAUUCUCCAUACAACCUCACAACCUGUACAGAUAUCGACGAGUGCACAGAAGGUGCGAACGCAUGCCACAUGGAUGCCACCUGCACGAACACCGAGGGUGGAUACACGUGCAAGUGCGACCGUGAGGGAUUCAGUGGCGAUGGAGUCGAUAGGUGCAGCGAUAGGAACGAGUGUCUUCUGGAGGCAGACAACUGCGAGCCAACCUCAACAGUAUGUGUCAACACUGCUGGCAGCUUCAGGUGUGACUGUCAGAAUGGCUUCCUUCUCGGAUCAAAUCCCACUGUUUGCGAAGAUAUGGACGAAUGUGACGAAGGUAUGGACAACUGUCACAGAAACCGCUCAUUCUGCUUCAACGUACAUGGCACCUUUGUCUGCCGUUGCAUCGAACCGUACUGGACAGGCGAUGGAACGCUUUGCAAUGAUGUGAAUGAAUGUUUAAACGAUGACACACUGUGCUCUAGCGGUCAGGUGUGUGUGAACCUGGAGGACAGAAUACCAGGCUACGAAUGCACAGAUCGCGACGAAUGUGCUAGCGAUCCAUGUCAUCCAUCUGCCGAGUGUAGGAACACAGAGGGGAGCUUCCAGUGUGAAUGUAAUAAGGCUGGCUACACUGGGAAUGGGAUAGAUACCUGUAGUGACAUUACCGAAUGUGCGGAGAGGACAGACGCUUGUAACAGGGUGAACACUGACUGCGUAAACACCGACGGCAGCUACAGUUGCGCUUGCAAGGGUCCUGGCAUGAACCGACUCAGUGCCAGGGAUUGCAGUGAUAUCGAUGAGUGCUUAACCAGGGAAGAUAACUGUCACCGUCAAGCAAAGUGCAGGAACACGAUAGGGAGCUUCGAAUGUGACUGUCUCCAAGCAGGAUUCAGCGGAAACGGGAUUGAUGCAUGUGAUGAUAUCGACGAAUGUAUGGAUAAGACACACUCAUGUGAUGUACCAAGAGCAUUUUGCUUCAAUAUACCCGGAACCUAUUUAUGUCAGUGUGUCACACCUUAUUAUGAGGGAGAUGGAGAAACGUGUAUUGAUAUAAAUGAGUGUGCAAGAAGUGAUACGAACAACUGUACUGUAGGAACAGUCUGUGUGAACUUAGAAUUUGCACCUGGCUAUGACUGUGUAGAUGAUAAUGAAUGCUUCAAGUUUGAGCAUGACUGUGACCCUGUGAGCACAUCAUGUGAGAAUGCAGAUGGCAGCUUCUUGUGUCUUUGCCGUGACGGUUACCAGCCCAUCAACAGGUCCACCUGCAGUGAUAUUAACGAGUGUGCUGAGAGCACUGACAACUGUGAUGUGUCCAGCACAGACUGUGACAACAUUCCAGGAAAGCUUCAAGUGUGACUGUCAGAGUAAUGACCCUCAUACGUCAAACAAGGAGGUCUUGUCGAGUCAGAGCAAGCAAUAUUAGAUCAGCCGGCAGCGUUGCCGGUUCCUCUGUUGAUGAAUCAACCGCGAGAGCUCCUCCUGUGCGAAAUAGGGGGA